UUUUUUUGUCACUACCACACAUCUUCCCUCUUUCUUUGCUAACGUAUGAUCUUGUUCAUAUGAAGAUCACAUCCUAGCUGGCCCAUGGUGGAAAAGUCCAGUCAAACACCCAAGCUUUGGGGGCCUGUGCUCAGCUGAAGUGAACUGAACCCUCACGCUGAACAGUAACCGAACCAACUGUGGUGGACUGAGAAUUUUCCGGUCCCUCGGUCUCCCACCCGCUGACGCUGACGCUGAGCCUUUGAGGGAGGCCCUGCUGUUUCCGACCGCCCAUGUCCCAGACUCCCAGACUUCCAAGUCGGCUCCGGCGCGUGUUUCCGAACGCUGUUUGGCCCGCCCACCACUGGCACCAUAGGCUCUCCCCCAGCGCCAGCGCUCACCUCACGCACUUACGCUAAGCGCUUAGCGAGACGGGGCGACACGUUCUGUUCUCUCUGCCCAAAUCCUAGAUUCAACCUCACCUACCCACGGAGACCACCCGAUCCGCCGACGACGCUUCCGCUUGAGCCCAUCGUCGACCGUGGUGCUCAAAGAAAACCGUCUCUUUGCCCACGUCCUCGACAUUGCUGGUAUGUCUCUCCUGCCUGUCUGAUCCUUUUUGGCCCGGUUUUCUGCGACCCCCCGUCCCGUCCCAGGCCCUUUCUGGGUCGCGCCAAUUGGCUGCCCACCCCUAUCCUUGCCGCGACAUCAUCGCUGACUUAUUUUUUUAACCUGCCAGCUCAGCCUCAUUGCUUUCUACCCUCCGCAGCGAACCCCCAUCGAUUCCAUCUGACAUAUCCGCGUUAUCUUUCGGCGACUGAUCUUUACGAUACCCUCCGGGCUGCUUUACGAAUGGUCAAAGAAGGAGCCCCCGACGUCACCUAGACCAGACCACCCAUCAAUAUCGAUACCCUACGAGCUGUCAUCACCUGAUCGUUCUUCUCACGACUUGCAGUGUCCUACGAUCCUUACCUGAAUCAAACGACGACUUCCCCAUGACUGCCGUCGCGAGCCCGCCCAGCUUCCAGCAACUCAAUCGACCGGGAUGGAAUGUUAAUGGCGGCCAAAGUCUGAAUUCGAUGAACCCAGAAGACGUCAGAGGCAUGUUCGCCGCACCUCGGAAGACGCUGCAGCGGAGCAACUCUUCCUCCUCGGUCUCAUCUACCUCCUCCAACUCAUCUACUACCACUGUUGCCACCAAUGGCUCGCAACCAAAUGGCACCCCGGCGUCUACAAACUCUGAUAUGAGUUGGUCCAGCACCGCCUCGAGAAAGCGGCCACAACCCAAAGGACCAUGGCCGCCAGGCAAGCCAGAAGGUCAAGCCGAGUUCGGCAGACCUAUUAUGCGAAACGCCAUCAACGGCAUCAACGGCGGUUCGUCGCUGCAGACGGCUCCAGGCCAACCGCAAAUGAUAUCGCAGCAGGGACUCGGGGCAAGACCUAUGGGUGACCCGAUGCCUAGCGGGCAGCCUGUGCUCUAUCUUUUGUCGCUCAAUGGUACCUUUGAACGCAAAACCAUCUCGGUACCAUUCUACCCAGAAAGCCUCCGUAUUGGUCGCCAAACCAAUCAGAAGACGAUCCCGACUGCCACCAACGGCUACUUUGAUAGUAAAGUGCUAUCAAGGCAGCAUGCUGAGAUAUGGGCAGAUCGCACCGGCAAGAUAUACAUCCGCGACGUCAAAUCGUCCAACGGAACCUUUGUCAACGGCACGCGUCUCUCCCAGGAGAAUCGCGAAUCCGAACCGCACGAGCUACAGACGGGAGAUCAUUUAGAGUUGGGAAUCGACAUUGUGAGCGAGGAUCAGAAGACCGUCGUCCACCACAAGGUUGCCGCCAAGGUUGAACACGCUGGCUUCAUGAGCCCCUCAAGUAACGUUAUGGACAUGAAUUUUGGCGAUUUGGACCCCGCGAAUGGUGGCAUGAUGAUGCCGGCGCCAAGCCCGAUGCCCUACCGUGGCAGGACUGGAAGCAACGCAUCAAUGGCAAGCAAUGGCCGCAUGAUGGCACCCCAGAAUAUGGCUGGCAUGGCACCCAAUGGUGGAGCAGCCCGUGGAUUUUUGUUAACGCCCAUUACCACGGAGCAUAUCGUCAAGAGACUUCACAACGAGAUGCGCAAUGCUCGAUUGCAGUCUCAAGACCUCUCCCGGACGGGCCAAUUCGUCCACGCUCUCUUGAGCAAAGAUGAUGUAAAGGAUCUAGAGAAGCCGGAAGCCCCCGAACCUCCGAAGCAGCUUCCCAAUGGCAACGCUCUACCUUUCCGUACCGAUGCGAAGACCAGAUUUUCCGAUCCUCCUGCCCCACCUCCUCAGCAGCCGCUGCCUGAGAAGCCCGAUGUGCCUUCACUGAAACGAGGUACCACUGAGCGACCGAAGACUAAUAGCACCACCUCGCCCGUUGGACGAGACAAUUUGCAUCAGAUCAUUCAGUUGACCGAAGCUUUGAAUAACGCAAAGAAGGAGAUGGACACCCAAACGGCCCGUAUUAAGGAUUUGGAAGACAUGCUCCGAAAGGAACGGGAGGCACGCGAGCUAGCCGAGGAUAUGGCAAAGAUCCUUGAGGACAGUGCCUUGAAGGAAACCAAUGGCGCGCCCAAGGAACACGAUACCGAGGCUCUCCUUGAGGAGGCUUUUGAACCACCUCGCGAUACCGCCGACACCCAGGAUAUCGAGAUGACAGAUGCCGAACCGCUCUCCAAGGAGCCUGCGCCAGAGAGCGCUGAGGAUAUUGCUGCACGUUUCCAGGUCAAGCUCGACACAAUGAUGUCAGAAGUGACGGACCUGAAGCAGCAGAUGGAGGCUUGGAAGCAUAGAUGCGAGAAGGCUGAGACGGAGCGCGACGCCGAUCGUCAAACCUUGGCCGAGAUGGUUGCCCAGAUUCGCAGAGACGAGGAGGCUAGGCAAAACGCAGCUGCUGCGGAGAAGAAUCGUUCUCUUUCCCGAGGACGACGCGGCCGGAGCGAAGGACCUGCCGACAAGACAACUUCAGUUGUUCAGGCCAAUGGAUCCGGUGAUCCGACGCCAGCUCCCACGCAGGCAGAGUCACCCGCGGAUGACUUUGGCGACAAGCCCACGUUGUCGCGAGCCAACACCAUUACGCCACUUUCCAUACCUCCAGGCAAGCUGGCAAAGGACCAGGCCAUGAUGGCCGGUGUUCCCUAUGCUUCCAUGCUUGGCGUGGUCAUCCUUGGCAUGGGUCUCAUGGCUUACAUCAACGGCUGGCAACCCGAGCCGACUCCCCGUCAUUGACCGCGUCGUUUGCAGCUGGGCAUAUCUUGGCUCAUUCUCUAGACAAGCACUUCAACGUUGGCGUUGCGCAUACUUAGGGCGUUUCUUGCAUUGAAAGCGGUCAUUCGUUUUCCACCGACCUUUACCAAGUCGCUUUUUCUUUCCCUAUGUACCUACUACCUUUUCCUUUUACUGUAUGAACUGCGAAGACGACGACGUUUUCUUUCCCUUUGUCUCUAUUCUCACGGGCAAUAGGGACGGCUGGGAGGGAAACAAAUGGUUGGAGAUGGCGUUUAAGAUUUUCUUCCUUUCUGCGGGCUGGUGUCCUCAAUCGAGGACGUUUCGAUCGCGCUGCAAGCACGGUGUUCUUUUUGUGACUUGGGCAAACCCGGAAUGGGAAACGGGAUGAUGGACGACGACGAAAUCUUUUUUUUACUACACUGGGCACAAAAGAAUAACUCAAAUUCGAGAUGACAACUUUUUUGCUUCAGAAAAGACAAGUGUGUCCCGCUGCAACAUCCCUGAUGGGGGUGCUUGCAGUGUCACCGAUCGGUAUGCGGGCGCCUUAACCGCGCGCCUUGCAGGAACCCGUCAUGAGGCUUCUAGGCCACUUGACUCGGGACGCAGUCUACAUGAACAUGAGGGGAAGGACUGUAGAUUACGGGCAGUAUGGCAGGGGUGGAUUGACGAGAUUAAUGUUUGCAUACAGUACUCAAGGCCGGAUGGGAA